CCGUUACCAGAGUUCAUCUCGUCUUCAACCAAAGCCAGUCUUCCAGGUUUUCGAUCAUCCAUCUUCUAUUCUCUUCGCAGUUCGAUUCUUCCUCAGACCGCCGGCCGGCCAACUUUUCCACAUCAACUUUCUCAAAGCCACCCGACCCAUUCCCUUAAAUAAACAAACCUUCAUCUCGCGACAAUGCAGCUGUCUCUUACCGCCAUUGUCCUCGGCCUUGCAGCCCUUGCCACUGCCCUGCCCCAAGACGAGCGCGCCGUCAUGGCCCGCCAAAACGCCAACCGGCCUGUACCGAGCGGAACUUGCUGCGUGCCCAACACGAGCCUGAAGCAGGACGCAUGCACCGCCGCGAAUGGUCAGGCCGGACGCUGCGUUCCGGGCGGUAACAACUGCGGCGGCGCCCUCAGCUGCGUACAACAGAGCAACUUGGUCUGCGACAACAAUGUCAUCGAGCGUGGGAAGUCGCUCUGCCGGGCCAGAUCGCCUGGCGGCGGGCUCUUUGAUGGGGCGAGAAUCAUCCAAACAUUGGGUCAGGCGAAGGUCAACUAAUAGGGGAUGCAUGGGUCUGGGCCUGAGAAGUGUUCAAGUGCGAGGCUAUCGACAAGACGAUAUUUGGACCGCUGAAGGGGAUAGACUAGUCAAUCGAGGUGGAUGAUACGGCGACUCCAGCGACUCUCAAGUCGAAGUGAACGUAGUCUCG